UACCCUCUCAAUCAUGUAAAAAAACAGAGCACUUUUCAUUGAAAAAAAAACAGAUCUAGCACGGAGCCAACUCGGCGAGUGAGUCACCAACUCGCCGUAAAACAAACUGAAACACCACCGGAAGCAACCAUUUUCUUCCCUGCAAGCAACCAAUUUCCCGCUGAAAACCCUCCACUCCUUCUUCUCUUCUUCGUCUUCUUCCUCUUAACAACAACAUUGAUGUUUUCCAACAAUCACAAACAGUCAUAAUCAUAUGCGACACAAACCCUAAUCCCAAAUUGAUUUAGUAUAAUCACGACUCUCACUUGAGUUGGUUCGCUCGCAAGAACCUACUUCACGCUUCAGAUUGUGGCCAUUGUUCGCGAUUUAGUUUACAUCUUCACAAGCAGUUCUGCUGCGGAUGCUCGGCACGCGAGUCAGAACCAAUUAAACAGACAUUAAACACAAACAAACAAAUGCAUUCCUCGCCAAAGUCUUAAAUCAACGCUCAUUACUUAAUCCAAUCCAAUGGCAUUUAACAGAUCCUUAAAGGGGAAACCAAAGGCAGUGGGAUCCAGAAUUGUAGUGUUGGGCGCAAUCGUGUGUGCAAUAGCUCUUUUGUUCCUACUGUCCUCAGUUGUAUUCACAACUGAUUCCCCAAAAUCCCAAUACAUUAAAUACUCUACCAAUGACAGAAAGUACCUGUAUUGGGGCACACGGAUCGAUUGCCCUGGAAAACACUGUGGAUCCUGCGAGGGUUUGGGUCAUCAAGAAUCCAGCCUUAGGUGCGCCCUCGAAGAAGCUGCCUAUCUUCGGAGAACUUUUGUUAUGCCGUCUAGGAUGUGUAUCAAUCCUAUACAUAACAAGAAAGGGAUCCUUCAUCGUUCAACUAAUGCUACUUCGGAGGAUCAGUGGGCGGCAAGUUCUUGUGCCAUGGACUCUUUAUAUGAUGCAGAACUCAUGUCUGAGACUGUCCCUGUGAUUUUUGACAACUCAAAAGAAUGGUAUAAGGUUCUAUCGACCAGCAUGAAGCUUGGAGCUAGAGGUGUUGCUCACGUGGCAGGAGUUAGUCGUGUUGAGCUUAAAGAAAACAAUCAGUACUCUGAGUUGUUGCUCAUAAACAGAACUGCCAGCCCUCUUUCUUGGUUUAUGGAAUGCAAGGAUCGAAACAACCGUAGUGCUAUAAUGUUACCAUAUUCAUUUCUACCCUCAAUGGCCUCAAAAAAACUAAGAGAUGCCGCAGAAAAGAUCAAAGCACAACUUGGUGAUUAUGAUGCCAUCCAUGUUCGUCGUGGAGAUAAAAUAAAAACUAGGAAGGACAGGUUUGGCGUGUCAAGGACCCUGCAUCCACACCUUGAUAGGGAUACCCGCCCUGAGUUUAUUCGUUGUAGAAUAGCAAAGUGGGUUGCACCUGGAAGAACCUUGUUUAUUGCUUCCAAUGAAAGGAUUCCAGGGUUUUUUUCACCGCUUUCUGUCAGGUAUAAAUUGGCAUAUUCAUCAAACUAUAGCCAUAUAAUAGAUCCAGUGAUUGAGAAUAAUUACCAAUUAUUCAUGAUCGAGAGGCUUAUAUUGGCGGGUGCUAAAAAGUUCAUUAAAACAUUCAAGGAAGAUGAGACAGAUCUUAGCCUUUGUGAUGACCCAAAAAAGAAUACAAAAAAAUGGCAGAUACCUGUUUACGAUGGGGAUGAUACUUGUUGAGACAUACAUACGACUACUAUUAGUAUACAAAUCACAUGAUAUUGAAAAGAACUUUCUAAGGUCGGAAUCCUCAGGAAGAAAUUUUUGUUGAGCCAAAAUGAGUGAUUAAUUUGUGUUGUAAAUUAUGAAGUUAGCUACAGGAAAAUUUUAAUUUAUUCAUUACCUUUAAGCACUUGUCUCACUGUAAAUCAGAUACAAGUUCCGUCUUUAUCAAAGAAAAAUAUUUAAUUUUAAUCAGGUGUGUGACGACAUAACUUCAGUCUUAAUUGAAGAAAAAAAUGGAGACUUUUAUCCAUGAUUUCUCUGUAACAACUAAGCUCUCAUUACAGUUUUAAAGUUGACACAUUCAUGAGCUUUGAACUUGAGAUUUCAUGCUAAGUUGGAAGAUAAAUGUACCAUCUCUGAGAUA